GAUGCACCGUUCUGCCCCCACCCCCCACCGCACCCCCGGAGGACUAGGACUCGCGUGAAUCUCCCCCUCCUCUCCUCUACCUUUCGCCACGCACACCAUGCUUAGAGCCCAUUUACUGCCGUCUUUGCACGAGCCGCACACCUCGUUCCCGCCCCACACCGGCCCACGCGGUCCCCUCAGAGGAGACGGCUUCAGCACCGGGACAGCUCCUUCUCGUCUGACGACAACAUGGCGUCCGAGUUCCACAACCUUCAGGAACUGUGUCCCAGUGCGUCUCUGGCCACUAAAGUUUUCAUCCAGAGGGACUACAGUGACGGAACCAGCUGCAAGUUCCAGACCAAGUUUCCCUCGGAACUAGAGAGCAGGAUAGAACGCUCCCUGUUGGAAGAAACGGUUAAGACACUGAACAGCUUCUACAGGGAGGCGGAGCGAAUAAGUAGCCACGCCUACUUGGAGAGCUGCCUCGCCUGUGCCACCGCCUACAUCAUCUACCUCUGUCUGGACACACGCUACGAGAAGGUGCUGAAGAAGAUCUCUGGCUACAUCCAGGAACAGAAUGAGAAGAUCUACGCCCCCCGUGGCCUUCUCAUUACAGACCCCGUUGAGAGAGGCAUGAGAGUGAUUGAGAUCUGUGUGUUUGAGGACCGUUGUUCCAGCGGGAGCUCGAGCAGCUGCAGUGGCAGUGGCAGUCCUGCAGGGGGCAGCGUGCGGUGACUGGAGGAGCAGCGCCGGGGCGUCGGCUACGGGGGGGCGGGGCCAGCCAGCAUCCGCAUGCUGAAGCACGAGAGCACACGAUUCUGAACACCACACACACACACACACCAUUCUGAACACACACACACACAUGAUUCUGAACACCACACACACAUACCAUU